AUGGAUGCUGCCGCUGCUGCUGGCCCUCUGUGGCUAGACUUUAACGACUGCUGCAGUAUUUCGGACGUAGGCUCUACCAGCUCGUCCACCGGGCCUGUGUCGGAGACUCCAGCCUCGGACUCGAGCUUGUCGGCGGCGAGCAUGUUCCCGUGCAGCCCCUUGUGCGAUGCAAAGGCGUUUUGCAACCCGCACAGCCCGGACGUCCUGUUCCCGGGCCAUCUCCCAGCAGCCGAAUCCAACCCGGGCCGGAUGCGGAUUGGAGCCGGACUCGACAGUCCACCUCGGCCCCUUGCACCGCUGGACGAUACAGCCCAGCUUCACGGCCAGCUCGGUUCCCCGUGCCAUCCGCUCCAUCUGACCUGGGCCAGCGUCGCUUCCCCCAGCAUCUUCUCCUCGCGCAGCCCCAACCGCCGCUCCGUCAGCCCCCCUCGCCAAGAGACCGCAACCGCGCCCUCGGCCGCUUCCCACGUCGGACAAGAAAGCCCCAGCCGCGACGGGACGCAGCAUACACGCCCCAGGCACGCUUCCGGCCAAGCCGAAGCCGCCGCCGCCGUUAGGCCCGAGUCUGGAGGACAGGCAGACGCCGGCCCAAAGGCACCUCGGGCGGCGGCGGGCAAGAGGAGCGGGAAAGCCUACCUGCACAACAAGGUCGAGAAGAACUACCGCGACCGGCUGAACAAUGACUUUCAGAUGCUGCUGGAUGCCCUGGCCGACUGCGAAGACGGGACGGACGCCGCGCACGGUGGGGUCGCCGUCGAAGGGUCGAGGGGCAGGAGCAAGGGCUCCAUCUUGAGAUGGGCGCGGUGGAAGCUCAAGGCGCUCCAGGCGGAUAAUUGCUCCAUGGCGGAGGAGCUGAGGGCGCUGAAGCGGUCGUGGGCGCAAUAG